AUGAUGGCUUUUCAAGGAUACAGCGUUGUCAAAAUCCUUGACUCCGAGGAUUUAAUAACUAUUGUCAGUAACACUUGGCUUAGAGAAGAAGGUUCGUACGCUCAAAUGCCUUCAGUGCGGGGUACGCACUACUAUGCAGCUGUGAAAAAUCACACUGCGCCGGAUGUCGAUGUGGUCAGCACUGCCGUGUCCAUAAUCGUUAGCACUAUUAGCUUCCAGCAUGCCCGAGAAAUGGAACGGCAAUCUGAGCGCGGGAUGCUGCCAUCGACAGACGAUACAAUUCCCAUGGGCCUUCCAGCUAAGCGUGCAAUACGCCGGCCCGUCCGUUCUAGCUCCGAUGACGAGGAUGCCGCGCGUCCAAGCAAACCCAAAAGGCCUUCUGCAGCAACCUACGCACGUGCGCCCUCCUCUCUGUUCAGUGGCAUUAGUCCGUCACGUCCAGGACCAUCAACAAGCAACCUAAUCGCGCCACCGGUUAUUGCUGACGUCCCACCAAGCAAUCUGGAUGUGCUGCACGAACUGCAGGCCAUAAAAUCCUUAUUUUUAGAUGAGUUGUGUCUCAUUCGAUCAGAAUUGGUCGGCCAUCGUCGCAUGUCCGAAGCGAUGUUGCAAAUGCUACAACGACAAUCCCAAAGUGUUGCGCCUGGACUAUCUCUGCCAUUCAUCUCUCUCAGUGAGCUAAAGAGAUAUGAUGAACGGCUGAAGGACCCCGAUUUCAAAAUCAGAGUCGUCAACCAUUUAUGUGCUGUGCACGGUGAUAACAUACAACUCAUCGUCCGGGGUACCAUGGAGCGGCUAAUGACAAGAUCAGUUGCCGCGGAGAUAAAUUACUCCGGCGCUAGAGGUUCGUUUGCAUUCAGGCGAACAAAUAUGAACGGCCUUGUACAAGGCCUCAUUCGGCAACGCAUGGGUGAUGCAGCCUCGGAUGCUGACAUUACACGGCACAUCAAAACGUGGUUGCAUUCUGCACGGCACAAAAGACCGCCGGUUGAGCAAACUAAAGUAUGCAGUGCGAAUGAG